AGGUGUGUAGAGCAGCAUAGCAGCAGUCAUCAUGCUGGGCUCCUGGAUCCUACUUGUGUUGUGUGUCUGCCUCCUCUACCUCUUCAUCAGUAUCAAGAGGCCCAAGGAUUUCCCUCCUGGACCACGACCCAUCCCUAUAUUUGGGAACUUGUUUCAGUUUAACAUCAAAAAUCCUCUGAAAGACUUUGAGAAGUUUGCUGAGCAAUAUGGAAACGUUUACAGCCUGUAUAUUGGGACGAAACCGGCCAUCGUUUUAACCGGUUUAAAAGCAAUAAGAGAAGCUCUGGUGAACAAGGCUGCAGAUUUUUCAGGACGUCCACACAACAUGAUUAAGGAUGUAACUCAAGGAAAAGGAAUCAUAAUGGCUGAUUACGGUCCUCAGUGGAAGGAGCAUCGGCGCUUUGCUCUCAUGACCUUGAGGAACUUUGGCUUGGGAAAGCAGUCUAUGGAGAAGAGGAUUCUGGGAGAAAUUGAACACCUUGUUGCAAAAUUGGAAAAAUAUGCAGGAAGUUCCUUGUAUCCUCAGACCUUGUUUCAUGAUGCAGCAUCAAAUAUAAUCUACCUGGUUUUGUUUGGCACUCGCUAUGACUACGGUGACGAAAUACUCAAAGUGUACGUUCGGCUGUAUACCGAAAACACAAAGCUUGCGAAUGGAACUUGGGCAAUGAUCUAUGAUGCACUUCCUAUGGUCAGGUCCUUGCCCCUUCCCUUCAAAAAAGCCUUUGACAAUUACAGAACGCUUAAAACCUUGACUUUGAAUAUGAUCAACAAGCACAAGACAUCAAGAGUCCAAGGACAACCAAGAGAUUUUGUCGACUGCUAUCUGGAUGAGCUUGAUAAGAAAGACAGCAAAUCCACAUUCAGUGAAGACCAACUUGUGGUGUAUAUUAUGAAUCUGCAUAUAGCUGGAACUGACACCACAUCCAACACGCUCCUUACGGCGAUUCUUUACCUCAUGGUUCAUCCGGACAUCCAGAAGAGAUGCCAGCAGGAGAUCGAUGAAGUUCUGGGGAAUAAACCACAGCCCUCUUUCGAGGACAGACACAACAUGCCGUACACACAGGCUAUGAUUCAUGAGACUCAGCGCAUCGCCAAUACCGUUCCUCUGAGUGUCUUCCACUGUACCACAAGAGAUACUGAUAUUAUGGGCUACAGCAUCCCAAAGGGAACUAUGAUCAUCCCCAACUUGUCCUCAGUGCUGAGUCAGGAAGGCCAGUGGAAAUUUCCUCAAGAGUUCAACCCAUCAAACUUCCUCAAUGAGCAAGGACAGUUCGAGAAGUCUGAAGCCUUCAUGCCGUUUUCUGCAGGGCCUCGUGUGUGUCUCGGAGAAGGUCUGGCUCGCAUGGAGCUCUUUCUUUUCUUGGUGACUCUCCUGCGCCGCUAUGAGUUCCUUUGGCCUGAAGAUGCAGGAGAACCAGAUUUCACUCCUGUGUUUGGAAUAACACUUACACCCAAACCAUACCGGAUGGAAGUCAGGCUUAGAAAGCAAGCUAGAGAAAUGUAGAACAGUUAAAUGUGAAGAUAUUGAAAAUUUCGUUAUGGCUCAGGAAGAAAUGAGAGUGUUUUGACUUGUUGACUGGUGAAAGUUCUUCUAGUAUCUAGUAUCACAUGGGCGUAUAUCAAUGGUGUAGUCCUCAAAAAAAAAGUGGUAUACUACUACCCCUGCCCACCUCUUAAACCCCCUGUUCCCUGCCAAGCUGCCAAAACAAGAAAAGCAAAAACAACACACAGAAGUCAAUGUUUGCAGUUACAUGACAUUAACAUCCAUGCCUUUAGCAGACAAUUUUAUCCAAAGAAACUCAGUGCAUUUGAGUUACAUACAUUUUAUCAGUAUCUGUGUUCCCUGGGAAUCGAACCUACAACCUUUGCGAUGCUAACAUAUUGCUCUACCAUAAUGCACUCAUACACUUAUAUAAAAACUAUUUUGUCAUUCAAUUAUGCAUUGUUUGUUCAAGUACAGUAUGUUCGGAACAUUUUUUUCUAUAUAUUGUAACAGUUACUAUCUGUUGUUCCUACAACUUGGAUAGGGGACAAGACUUUGUCAGGGGAGUGUAUGGAUAAAUUUAAAGUAAUUAAAUAUUUCAAUAUGUUUAUGCAUUACAGGAUUCCUAAAGCAAAUAUUUUAUAGAUAUAAUUUACAUAUUUCCCCUCUUACAGAUUCAGUGUGGAACCUGCACAAAAUGGUUCCACAUAAAAUGCCUUGGGAUGACAGAAGCGCAAAUACCGAGAGGAUAUAUCCCUUGGUAUUGUGCAUUGUGCAUUGAGCUAAAGCAAGUACAGAGACCACAGAGAUUAACAAUAUCUGUAAUAGCUCUUAUAUAAGCAGCAGGAUUACAUAUGUUUGACAAAAUCUGAUUUACACAUUGAAGUUUCCAUCACAGUGAAAUGUAUAUUGUUUAUAAUGCAAACAAUAAAAAAUAAUCAAAAAGCAA